AUGCCGACAGCUAGGGCUGUGUUGGGAGCGCCGCUGCCCUCAGUUCUGUACUGGGUCCCAGGCGCUGCCAGGAGGAGUGGAGGAACGCAGGCGGCUGACGGCAGCAGGAGCAAAUGGCCUGCUCCACUGGGGACAGGCAGGAAGUCCUUCGGGCAUUUCUGUUUCAUCACAGCUUUUCCUGGGGCUGGGCUGUGUGUGAGCACUCACGUGAGCGCUGCUGAUUCUCUUGUCUCUCCCCUGCAUCCUGCCAGGAAGCUGAUCAGUAUCUCCUUUGGGGACCUGAACCCCUUCCCCCUACGCCAGAUCCGGAACCGACGCGCCUACCACUUGGAGAAGGUCCGGCUGGAGCUGACCGAGCUGGAGGCCAUCCGUGAGGAUUUCCUGCGUGAGCGGGACACCAGCCCUGACAAGGGUGAGCUGGUCAGCGAUGAGGAGGAGGAUACCUGAGUGGAUCCCGGGACGCUGCUCUUCCUGCCUUCACAACCAAAGUGUGCCAAAGGGUGAAAGCACGCUUAAGAGCCAGAAUGUAACAUGUGUGGCCUCUGGGAAUCUGCUGGGCAGAUGUCCAAAGCCAGACUGCACUUCCUCAUUUCCCACUGUGCGGGGGCAGGGGUGGGAGGUCUCAUCUGUUUACAGCCAUUUCCAUGCCAUGCUUUUGGUUACACGUAUCUCAGUCAUGCUUUCUGCCUGAUUGGUGGAUCCUCAGGCUUACCAGUGGCUAUUUGCAAGAGCCUGUUUCCAGCCUCCGUCAGCCUGUCGGUGCUCUGACCCCCUGAAACCUUGCUUUGCUGGGCGUCUCCCCAUGUUCUCUCUCCUGUACAUAGUGGGCAGUGGUGUGUGGUUUUGAAUGGCAGUGCUGUGAAGGAUGCCCACUGUGCUUCAGGCACCUGUAGGCCAGAGGGUUGCUGCCUCAGGCAUAAGGUCGGUAUGAAAAGGGACUGCCUUAGAAAGGCAGGCACAUCCCUUGUUCAGAAAUGGCCACUGUAGAAAGCCUGUGAACCUCCCACCAGUGGCUUUAAGCUGCCAGCCUUGCCCCAUUUCUAGAAUAGCCUUUGCUCUUCCGCACACAACCCUUCCAACAGUGGCUCCCAGCCUGCAUGGGGAGGGCCUGGCUGCCCAGACACCCACCCUCACUUCUCAUGGCCAGCCUGCUUUUGCAGAUCACUGGGCUGCUCUGUCCCCAGCUUGCCGCGUGCCUGGCGUGGCUUGGUGAGAUUCUGUGGUAUGUCCUUCUUGACUUGUGGGAAUCAUUCACCAAGUACGACGGUUCGGGAUUCCAAGUCAACGGUGGACCGGCAUAUUGCAAAGCAGACCCACCCCUGGGCUGGCCUUGGUCGAGGGGAUGGAGGAAUCUUUUUGGUGGCGCUUUGCAGGGCAGUGGUGCAGCUGCAGCAUGAAUGCUCUUGGACAGUUGAAAACCUUGGCUUUCUUGGAGAUGGCCAGUGCUCCUGGUGUCUCCUCCACCUGACUGGGUUGUGCAGGAGGCCAGCUGCCAGUGGCCGGGGCUGGGAAACGUUUUUGCUUGGGGCCCAGGCUUGGGUGAGCUCUCCCAGGUGUGUGCCCACCCCACCACUGCCUGGAAGCAUCCUUGUUCUCUGCCAGGACACAGGGUCACUGAUGCCUCUGACACGGCAGUUUCUGGGAACUCACAGGACUGCCUUUCUGAAGGCUGGAAAGAGGCUUUGAGCAAGGAGCUCAUUUUUGCUUAAUCCCUCUAGACCAUCCCUGAUGCGUAGAUGUGAGAGGAUGUUUUCUGGCACAGUGUUAUAAAAAUACAAGAAAAACGGUCUCAGUGGAAUGUUUCAUAUUACCUGAAAAAAACUGGAAAUCAUCCUUUGUUGAUACGAACACACUGAGACUAAGAAUUGAAGCAAUGCAGUUUU